AUGUUCGACACAGUCUGCACCCUCCCGCUCCCCGCGGACCUCUUCGCCCAGGCAAUCCACCCCUCCGAGCCCGUAAUCUCCGUCGGGUUAUCAACCGGGCACGUCCAGACAUUCCGGCUCCCCAGCGAAGAGGGCGAGGGCGAGGAAGACAGCGACAAUGACGAAUCGGCGUCUAAGACAUCGGCGGCCUCAUCGGCAAGGAGUAAUGGGCGCGGACACAUAGACACGGUUUGGCAAACGAGGAGGCAUAAGGGAAGCUGUCGGACACUGACGUUUGGGGUCGAUGGGGAGGUGUUAUACUCGGCGGGCACAGAUGGGAUUGUCAAGGCUGCGAGCGCGGAGACGGGCAAGGUGGUUAAUAAGAUUAUGAUUCCGGCAACGAAGAAAGGGCUUGACGACGCGCCAACUGUUGUUCAUGCGCUUUCGCCCCAGACCCUCCUCCUCGCUACGGACUCGAGUAGACUACAUCUCUAUGAUCUGCGCGUCCCAUACUCAAAAGUCACGGCUCGUCCUGAGCAAACGCAUCGCCCUCACGAUGACUAUAUCUCCUCCCUCACGCCGCUUCCGCCGUCCGAUACGAGUACGUCCGGGUUUAGCAAGCAAUGGGUGACUACGGGUGGAACAACGCUGGCAGUGACGGAUCUCCGACGGGGAGUGCUCGUGCGCAGUGAGAACCAGGAAGAGGAGCUGAUCAGCUCUACAUUCAUUGGCGGUUUGUCGUCUGGCGGUACAAGCCGUGGUGAGAAGGUCGUUGUUGGUGGUACAAAUGGUGUCCUGACCCUCUGGGAGCGUGGUGCGUGGGAUGACCAAGAUGAGCGCAUCUAUGUUGAACGCGGGGAGGGUGGUGUGGAGUCCCUGGAGACCCUUACUGUUGUCCCUGACGAGCUGGGCAAGGGUAAAAUGAUUGCCGUUGGUCUCGGGAGUGGGCGCGUGAAGUUUGUCAAGAUGGGCCCGAACAAGGUCGUCUCGGAGCUUAUGCACGAUGAGACUGAGGGCGUGAUUGGGCUAGGUUUCGACGUCGAGGGACGCAUGGUUAGUGGUGGUGGUCAGGUGGUCAAGGUAUGGCACGAGACGGCCGAGUCAAUAGGAAGUUAUGGGGAGUUUUCCGGCGACAAGCGCAUGUACGGGGCUAGCGAUGACAGUGACGAUGACGAUUCAGAUAACGAGAACCGCAAGCCUCAGAGCGAUAAUUCGCAGAGGAAACGCAAGAAGCAGAAGGGCAAGGACCGGGGCAAGGAGCGGGAGGUGAUGGCGUUUGCUGAUCUGGAUUGA